AUGAUGCCCAUAGCUGGUAAUCAUCAUUUGAAUAUGAUGAUGUAUUUAGAUGAUGAUUCAUUUAAAGAAGCUGUAAGGCUGAAGAUGCUGAAUCAGGAGGCCACAUUCAGAAAUCAGGUUCAGGAACUUCACCGGUUGUAUCAGAUACAGAUGACACUAAUGAAGAAUUUUCAAUUGAAAGGGGUGCUUGCCAAACAAUCUGUGAACUGCACUUCACAAGGCACCUUCCAAAGGCAUUUAGAUGCUAAUUUUUCAGCCAGGGUCCGCGAAGGCCAUUUCGACCAGCAUUUUCUAGACAAAAGAGAUGGUCGGGGUACUAGGGAAAAUCCUGUACAAGUGGAAAACUAUUUCCCUGGUGAUACUGAAUCUUCUCUGGAUGAUGUUGAGCUCUCUUUGAGUAUUGGCGAGGGCACUAAGCAAAAGAGGUGGCAAAGGGAAAUUUUCCAUCAAACUCCCACUUCUGCCUCCUCCCGAGAGAUAAUUGACUUAGAAGAAUCAAGUUGCACUGAGUUGAGUGGAGAUAUUAAACCCAUAUUUGAUCUUGGCUGCAUCGCUGGCUCUGCUGAUUCUAGAGACCUGCAGGUUUAUAGAUCCAACUGCUUCUCCAUGAAUCGUGAAAGUAAACAUGUAGCUCAUGGGGUUAAGAGAUCUCUGUCAUUUGUGGAUGAGUGUAAAACUCAUCUGGAGCAGAACUCCUUAAAUGAAGGUGUGGAACUCUUUAAUGCCUCAGUUGAUGCAGCCUUAGAAUCAGGACAUGGCAUGCAUAUUGCCAGAAAACAGAUUGAAUUGCUCCCAGAUGUGAGUAUAUCACCCUUGACCAAAGUGUUUACUUCUCAUGAAGCAUUGUGCUUGGACCUAAAUAAGCCUCUGCCAGAUGAAUCACUUUUUGACCCGAAGGAGCAGCCACUGGAUUUAGGAGGUGGCUGCUCUGAUGUUACUGAAAGGGUGGCAGAUGAUGUUCAUAAAGGCUCGUCUCCUGAUGCAACUAGCUGUAGCUUAGUUGUAAAUAACUGCUCAGAUGAGGUUUCUGCUAUAAUUGAACGAGAUCCCCUGAAUUUUGAGGUUAUGGCUUCUAAUAGCAACAACAGUAGCACGAGUUCUAGAAGUGGCAAAGCUCUCUCUCCUGGUAAUGAGUCUAGUUCAGGACCAUCCAACUGCUGUGAUAUUCAUCACUGUCUCCUUGCUAACUCCCAUCAUAAAGAUGCAGAUCAGUUAGGAUCGAACUUCACUGGGAGAAGUGAUAAAGGUCAAAGAGUGACGGGAGUGAAAGAUGACAUCUUGAACGACAAAAAUGCAGUUCGUAUGCAUAUGUGUUGUAGGGCUGAUCCUGUUGAAGACUUAAAUAGUUCUCCUGCCUCAUGUAAGUCUAUUAUUAUGAAAAUUGAUCGUUCAUGCAGUUUGAAGACCAUGCAGUCAGGAAUUUAUCUUGGAAAAGCUGAUCCGUCUCUCAUAAAUUCCUCCCCUAAUUCUGAGUCAUCUCAGAAUGAAUCUUCUAGUCGGGAUGAAUCGAAAUCAAAGUCCUUGGAUGAGAAGAGAAAGGGAUCAACACCUGAUGAUUUUCUGGUUCGAAGAGGUGCUAUAUCUCUCAUGUACCUGUUUCUUGAAAGCUCGAGAAGAGAACACAGUUGCAUUACAAAGUUUGACGAGGUGAAUGAGAAUGGUAAAGGGAAGAGGGAUCAGCCGCAGCAUUCUAUUGAUACUUACGAAUCAAUGGUUCUGAAGCAGCAAGAAAGCAACAUAGACGACUAUUGUGUGACCUCAAAUCCUCCAGAAGUGAUUGGCACUGACAAAAAAGAUUUCGGAGUUAAAGUGAGAAGGGGUAGGAGAAUGAAAGACUUCCAGAAGGAUAUUUUACCGAGCUUGGCAUCUCUCUCCAGGCAUGAAAUUUCUGAAGAUAUCCGAAUUAUGGAGGGAGCAAUGCGAUCCAGGGAGUACAAAAGACUUCGAUCCAAGACGUGCUGUGAACAGAAAUGGUUUACUCCUGUAAAAAGUAAGAGGUCAAGGCUCAAUUAUGUAGGCAGAAAAUACAACUGA